CACUACCAUCCAAACACUCCCUUAUCCCACGUCAACAUUGAACAAUCUUUCUUCUGUUCCCGCAAUUCUUUACCAAAUCUUAUCCUGCGCACCCCCUCUGCACCGCUUGCUUAUUUUAGACUCUUCUCGUGCCUCUAUGCGUACUUUAAAAUCCCUACGCAUCCGCGGCGCAUUCUAGAAUUCCCACCUCCAACUAACUUUUUUGGGACAGCAUCCUACACGUGUCCUUUUACUGAUCGUCCACGUCAUUUCUAUGUCUUCUUCUUUCUUCAGCUAGCUUUAUCCCGUCUUCCCUCUCUCUCUCUGUCUGCAAUUUUAGGGUUUCUAUUUUUUUGUUUCUCUCUUAAUUCUUGCUUUGGCUAUUGAGUUGAGAAAAGAAGUACGAUAAUCAUGGGGUCGAUCCCCGAUCCCGGCGAGUUGACUGAGUUGACUCCGCCGAGUUUCGAGGAGUUUCAGAAGCAGACGUCUCUGAUGACAAGCUGUACUUUACUGUGGAAGGAGCUCUCGGACCAUUUCUCUUACUUGGAGCAGAACCUCCUGAAGAAGUCUGAGGCACUAAAGCGCAAAAUCCAAACCCUAGACAGCGAGACCAAGGAAGGUCUCAGGGAGCUCGAGAAGCGCGAGGUCACCAUCGGAGACAGCGUCGGCAUCGCUCUCGGCAAGGUCGAGAUGAGCAAAGAGGCCGCACUCGGGGCCCUAAAAAAAGGCUUGUCCUCCUCCGCCAACGAUAAUGGAGAGGUCGACGACGGCGAGGGUUUGCUGCUGAAACUGAAAUCGUUUUGCCUGAAUAUGGACGCCGGAGAGUUCUGGAGGUUCGUGACCGGAAAAAAGAAGGAAUUGGAUGUGCUGAGAGCUCAGAUGCCUCUGGCCCUGGCGGAGUGCGUCGAUCCGGCGAAGUUUGUACUGGAAGCGAUAUCGGAGGUUUUUCCGGUGGAUAAGAGGGCGGAGAAAAGCGAUAAAGGGAAUGACUUGGGUUGGGCUUGUGUUUUGGUGCUGGAGUCCCUCAUUCCGGUGGUGGUGGACCCGGUAAUCGGAAAAUCAAGGCUUUUGGUGACGCCGAGCGUGAAGGAACGCGCCAAGGACAUCGCUGAUACAUGGAAGGCUAGCUUGGAAGAGAGAGGAGGUAUCGAGAACGUGAAGACGCCGGAUGUUCACACUUUUCUUCAGCAUUUGGUGACCUUCGGUAUUGUGAAGAAGGAGGACGUGGAUUUGUACAGGAAGCUCGUGGUUGGUUCUGCAUGGCGGAAGCAGAUGCCCAAGCUCGCUGUUUCGCUUGGCCUCUCUGAUAAAAUGCCAGACAUGAUUGAAGAAUUAAUCAGCAAGGGGCAGCAGCUUGAUGCUGUACAUUUCACUUAUGAAGUUGGUCUUGUGGACAAGUUUCCUCCAGUACCCCUGCUGAAGGCUUUUCUGAAAGAUGCUAAAAAGGUUGCAGCUUCCAUUUUGGAGGACCCUAAUAAUGUUGGCCGAGCUGCUCAACUAGCUGGCCGUAAAGAGCAGUCAGCACUCCGUGCUGUCAUCAAGUGCAUAGAAGAGUACAAACUUGAGGCACAGUUCCCUCCAGAAAAUCUCAAGAAGCGCCUUGAACAGCUAGAGAAGGUCAAGACAGAGAAGAAAAGGCCAGCUACAGUCCCUGCCAACAAACGAACACGAGCUAACAAUGGCGGCCCCAUGCCUCCUGCCAAGGCUGGCCGUUUGGCAAAUGCAUAUGUAUCUUCAUUCCCCGCGGCUCCUGCAUUCGUCAGGUCUCCUUCGCAUGCUCAAUACCCUGCUCCAGUUCCUCCAUACCAUUCACCACCCACCAUGUAUGGCAGCAGAAGCCCACCGGCCAAUCCUUAUGCAUACUCACCUGAGGCGGCCCCCCUAGCUGGUUCAUACCCAGGAGCUCCCAUGAACUAUCCUGCAUAUGGGGGUUAUGGAAAUGGCAUGGCACCAGCUUAUCAGCAGGCUUACUACCGAUAGACAUGACUCGCUGAAUUGAAGAUGGUAACCACUGAUAUGAUGACCCCAAUCUUAUCUGCUUUUCCAAUGGCUUGUUUGUAAUCACUAACCUUUUAAUGGUAGCGAUGAUCUGUGUGUUAAUCAUAAUAUUUUCCUGCUUCUUGUGGGAAGCUGUAUUUCUAAUGUUGAUCAAACUCUAGUUACUAGGUUAUUGUGGAAAGUAAUUAGGAUGACCGCAAAAAAACACUAAGGUACGACCCAUGUUGCUCUGUUUAGCUGUAGAAAGACUAUUCUUACUUUUCUGUAA